CAACAUUUUACUUAUUUCAACAUCAAACAACGAACAUAGAACAUAAAACAUAAAACAUCCCACGUUGACAUCGACAUCGACAUCGACAUCGACAACCAUACCAACUCUCUCCAACUCCGAUACCGCCCUUUCAUCCACAUCCACAUUAUCGCACACCACAACUCGCCCAGCAUGGAUCAACGAGAACUCGAAGCGCGCAUCAAGGCCCUUCACAAGGCAUCUCAAUCCAAUGAGCCUGCUUCAAACCUGAUUAACAUUAUUGAGUCUAUCAAGAAUGCUAAGCCUACGGAAGAAAUGCUCCGCACCACAAAGGCAGGCAUUGUCGUCGGCAAGAUGCGCACUAACCCCAACAAGGAUGUCGCGAAGCUCGCCGGAGAAGUAGUCGUACUAUGGAAGAAGGGAAUCGAAGCCGAGAAGAGAGCUAGGGGUCUAUCUGCCGCGAAGCUCCAAAAGGGUUCUGUGUCUCCAGCCUCCAAGGCGGCUUCCCCUGCCCCGAAGCCCCUUGCCGGCAACAAGAAGGCGUAUGAGGGCGACCCGGAGAAACGUACCUUCAAGUCCGACAAGGUCGACAUCGGCCGCACCGACUCCCAGGUGCGCAACAACUGCAUCGGUCUCCUGUACAAUGGCCUCGCAUACCGCUCCCGCGACUCCGAGGAAAACGUCAUGCUGCGCGCCAUUGAGGUCGAAAACGCUGCCUUCAAACACUACAAGGGGGAGACUCCAGAGUACAAGAGCAAGAUAAGAUCGCUGUUCCAGAAUCUGAAAGUCAAGACAAACGCCGAGUUGGGCCGCAACAUCAUGGCGGGAACCAUCACCGCCGACCGCUUUGUCGUCAUGACCUCCAACGAACUGCUGUCGGCGCAGCAGCGUAAGGCCGAUGCCGAGCUCGAGCUCGAGAACAUGAAGAAGGCCCAGGUUCCCAUGGCCGAGAAGAGCAUCAGCGACAGCCUCGAGUGCGGCAACUGCAAGAAGAAGAUGGUCAGCUACUCCCAAGCACAGACCCGCAGUGCUGAUGAGCCUAUGACGACAUUCUGCGAAUGCAUGAACUGCGGAAAGCGGUGGAAGUUCUCUUGAUUGGUGCAACUACACUAAGACAGCCCCCCCCCCUUCUCCCCUCUUGUCUUCAUCCAGGGGCAGGCAAAAUAGCCAUAAGAU